AUGUCGACUGGAAGUGUGAUUCGGAGUCAGCAGCAGCAUAAGGUGUUUGUUGCUAGCUCCGAUGAGUCAAAGAUAUGUGUGGUCAUGGUCGGUCUGCCGGCCCGAGGCAAGAGCCUCAUCGCUGGCAAAGCUAUGAGAUACUUGGCCUGGGUCGGUAUUCCCGCACGCGUGUUCAAUGUCGGCAGCUAUCGUCGCCACGCGACGCCCCAGCCAGCAGCCACCUUCUUUGACCCUCACAAUGAGGAAGGUGAGCGCAUGCGUCGCGCUGCUGCGGAGGCGGCCAUGUCCGAUAUGCUCAACUGGUUCAGGACUGGCAAGGGUGUAGUAGCCAUCUUGGAUGCUACCAACUCGACCAAGGAGCGCCGAAAGUGGAUUCACGAAAGUUGUCGGGAUGCCGAUAUCGAGACCCUUUUCGUCGAGUCUAUUUGUGAUGACGAGGAUCUGAUCAUGAACAACAUUCUCGAAGUCAAGACUACAUCGCCAGAUUACAAGGGACAAGAUCCCGAGCUGGCUGCUGUCGACUUCCGGAACCGCAUUCGCAAUUACGAGAAAGCAUAUGAGACUAUUGACGACAACGAGAAGAAAUACACAUACGUCAAACUCAUCAAUGUUGGCUCCACUGUGAUUAUCAACCAGAUCAAAGACUACCUGUCUAGUCGACUCGUCUACUACAUCCAGAAUCUGCACAUCAAGCCGCGAUCUAUCUGGCUCUCAAGACACGGUGAAUCGGAGUAUAACCUGACUGGCAAAAUCGGUGGCGACUCCAACAUCUCCGAACGUGGCGAGUUAUACGCCCAGGCCCUACCUCGGCUCAUGCGCGAAUCUGGAGUUCCCGCCAACACCAAGAUCGUCAUCUGGACAUCGACUCUUCGUCGCACAAUCCAAAGCGCUCGCCACCUCAAGGCCGAAACGGGUUUCGAUAAGCUGGAAUGGAAAGCACUGGACGAGCUGGACUCGGGCGUGUGUGAUGGUCUGACCUAUGAGGAAAUCGCAGAGAAGUACCCCGAAGACUUCGCAGCCCGCGACGAAGACAAGUACAACUACCGCUACCGCGGCGGCGAGUCCUACCGCGAUGUGGUCAUCCGACUUGAACCCAUUAUCAUGGAGCUGGAGCGCAGCGAGAACGUCAUCAUCGUCACCCAUCAGGCUGUUCUCCGUUGCAUCUAUUCUUACUUCAUGAAUGUGCCCCAAGAGAAGAGUCCCUGGAUGGAAGUCCCCCUCCACACUCUUAUCAAACUGACUCCCCGCGCUUAUGGUACCGAGGAGCAGCGCUUCAAGGCUGACAUUCCUGCCGUCUCCACCUGGCGUGGAAAGGGCUCGCAGGCCAAGCACCAGGAGUUCCCUACGGAAGGCAAGGAGGCUCAGCACUAA